GAUCAGACGAGCGUGUUAUCUACUUGCAUGAGUGUUAGUGUGUUUUACCAGUUUUCAUUGACGUUCGCUCCUGUAUACAUUUAGAAUCUAUAUUUCAAAUAUAGAUUUUCAGCAACAUGACAUCGUUAUUAAGAAAUUGUUGGAAAUUAUCACAAACCCUGUCUACGAAUGCUCCUAAACGUUAUGUGAAAGCUUUUCCAUCAAUACGGUACAAUAGUACAGAAGUAACAGAAAAAACAGAAAAACCAGAAACUCGACCUACUGUACGCAAACCUAAUCCUUAUAUCGAUAUUGAACGUUUAAAAAACUUUGGACGUUAUGUUGCCGAAUGUCUACCAAAGUAUGUACAAAAAGUUCAAAUAGUUAACAAAGAUGAACUUGAAGUUAUGAUUGCUCCUUUAGGAAUUUUUCCAACAAUAGCAUUCUUAAGAUGUCAUUAUAAUGCACAAUUUAAUAAUAUAAUUGACAUAACUGCACUAGAUGUACCCAAUAGACAAUAUAGAUUUGAGGUUGUAUAUCACUUCUUGUCUCUUGUAUACAACUCUCGUAUCAGAGUAAAAACAUACACAAAUGAAUUAUCACCACUUGAUUCAGUAACUGAAGAAUUCAAAGGUGCCGAAUGGUAUGAACGUGAAAUAUGGGAUAUGUUUGGUAUUUAUUUUCUUCGUCAUCCCGAUCUCCGUAGAAUUUUGACAGAUUAUGGUUUUGAAGGACAUCCACUGAGAAAAGAUUUCCCAUUGAGUGGAUACGUUGAGGUUCGCUAUGAUGACGAGAAAAAGAGGGUAAUAGCAGAACCAUUGGAAUUGACACAGGAAUUUCGAAAAUUUGAUUUAUCCGCACCUUGGGAACAAUUUCCUAAAUUCAGAGAUUCAGCGCCAGCUAUUGAAAAUGUAGUAAUAGAAAGAAAAGAAAAAUAAACACUUGGUCAAGUAAUAGAUCAGAAAAAAUUUGAUUGGUUAUUAUAUAUUCGAAAAUUUGUUCUGUUAAACAACAGAAUCAUACACGAAUACAUAAUAAAUCUAAAAUAUCCAGUACUAAGCUAUAGAUAAUUGACAAAUUGAUUGUGAUGAAAAGUGUUAUAUUGCAAUAUUUCGUCAAUAAAGUCAGUUUUAGUUACAUA